AAGUUCUUCUCUCGGAUUUGUCUUCGGUGCUUUAGCUUGUGAGCUAACCGACGUAGGCAAGGCGCAUUGCGACGGCCUGAGACUUUUCCUCUUUUCGGGAUGUUUUCCGUGGAAUGUGACGAAGUUGGACACUUAUUGUUGGGCAACGGGAGCUCAUCUUGGACGUCGGUUGCCUUUGUGGCUUUCUUGGACGUGCGCGCGUUCGACGCAGCCGCCAUUGUUCUUGGACCGCCCCGAACGUGUCGGCUCAUUUCCACGUCGUUCGCUUCAGAAUUGCGUCCGAAGCGAACCGUUUCCUUUGAUGCCGCCUCGGUUUGAUAUGUGUAAAAUGUUCCCUUAAUAUCCGGCCACGCCAGAAGUCCACUUUUCACAAAGUCAUUGAGGAUUUGAAAUUGGACGUAAUAGCGAUUCGUGAAUUGAGCCAACGAGAUUUCGUCCAAAGGUUGCCAAAGCGCAAAUGGACCAGGUGGCCACCGGAAUCCACGUUUUGAAAGCGCCGGAGACUUAAACGGCUCGUGCGGCGCCGUCAUGGACAUCCGGCCCAACCACACCAUCUACAUCAACAACAUCAACGAUAAAGUCAAGAAGGAAGAGUUGAAGCGUUCUCUGUACGCGCUCUUGACGCAGUUUGGCCAGAUCGUGGAGAUCGUGGCCAUGAAGACCAUGAAGAUGAGGGGCCAGGCCUUCGUGGUGUUCAAGGAGCUCGCCGCCGCCACCAACGCCCUGCGCCAGCUGCAGGGCUUCCCCUUCUACAACAAACCCAUGAGGAUCCAGUACGCCAAGACCGACUCUGAAGUCAUCACCAAGGUCAAAGGAGCGCACAGCGACCGAGAUAAGAAGAAGGACAAGAAGAAGAAACCUCAGGACGCCGCCGUCGCCCUCGCCAGGAAAGCCGCCAUGGUGCCGUCGCUUGCGGUUCACAUUCCGCCAGUGCAGGUUCCCGACAACCCGCCCAACUACAUCCUGUUCCUGAGCAACCUGCCUGAGGAAACCAACGAGAUGAUGCUGUCCAUGCUCUUCAACCAGUUUCCCGGCUUCAAGGAGGUCCGUCUGGUUCCCGGGAAGCACGACAUCGCCUUUGUGGAGUUUGAGGGCGAGAUGCAGGCGGGCGUGGCCAAGGACGCCCUGCAAGGCUUCAGGAUCACCGCCACCUGCGCCAUGAAGAUCACUUUUGCCAAGAAGUAGGACCGCUCCAGCGCUGACGGACAUUUUGAGUCUACUUUUUGAUCGUUGUCGUGCUGGAAGGGGUUUUUCCUUUUGUAAAUUACCCGAAAUAAAAGUUUUUCUUUUUUUUGUACGUGUA